GACUCGUCUCUGCGAAAAUGGCUCUCGGAAACCUGAAGUCUUUCGUCAAAGAACUCGUGCGCGACAAAAAUCGUGUUCCUCUCUUCAUCCUUUGCAUCGAAGGAUCACUGGAUGUGAAGGCCCAGCUGCGUCAUUACAAUAAUGUCAAGUCUACCAUCGGUGCUGCCCUCUUUGCCAUCGUAGUCACGGGUAUGGACAGGUGCUCGUCAAGGCCUUGGAGCGAGUGGUGGGGCGAGCAUUGGGAGGUUUUGCAAUCGUUCGGUGUGGCCAGCGUAAACCAUGCAUGCGUUUGUACAUUGUUGGAUGGUGAUGAGCUGGCUGGUUCUCGGGAUGAGCUCAUCGAGCUCAUUAGGAGAGCUAUCCUCCGUCGAUCUUCCAAAUUUAUGCCUGCGAGAAUCCGAGUCCAGCGCAAUAAUGAGGAAAUUCAUGGACGCCGCGACACAGACCCGCUUGUCCCAAAAAGGCAACCCGGCUCGAGUCUCAGCGACGCAGGGUUUGAAGAGGCUUUCUUCGACUGGAAGGGGCUUUUGAUCUGGAAACGACCAUGGACAUGGCGCAGAAUAGUAACUUGCGUUUGCCUUGUCGCCAUCAUCGUCCUGGUUUCCCUUUUUGUGGUCUUCCAUGAUCGGAUAGUGCACGCUUUACAGCCUACAGUGGAGAAGAUUCAUGACUUGAAAUUCGGAUGGCUCAUCCCAAUUGCGAUAUUCUUUGUAAUAUCAUUCCCUCCGUUGUUUGGCCACGAGAUAUUGGCCAUCCUCUGUGGGCUUGUUUGGGGCGCUAUGAUUGGUUUUGCCAUCACCGCAACUGGCACUUUCAUAGGUGAAGUCGCCAACUUCUACACUUUCAAACAUUUCUGCCAAGCUCGCGGAGAUAAGUUGCAAAAAGACAGUGUCAUGUAUGCCGCCCUGUGCAAGGUGAUCCGUGAACGCGGUUUCAAAGUCGCGUUGGUCGCGCGUUACAGUGCUAUUCCAGGGCACCUGACGACAGCCAUAUUCUCAGUGUGUGGAAUGGGGAUAUCUACAUUCAUGCUGGCGGCUGUACUCUCUCUUCCGAAACAAUUCAUUACUGUUUACAUUGGUGCGAUGCUUGAGAGUGACCCAAAGCCAUCUACCGGUUCCACUAGGAAGAUUAUUGCUGAUGUAGUUGGUGCUAUCACACUUCUGGUGACUGUUGUUGCAAUGUGGUAUAUCAACAAGGCAGUAAGCAAAGUGAAGCCACGAGUCAUACAGGAGCGUCAAAAGUCCCGCUAUCAUGAUGUCAUUGCAGACGAUGCCUCGCAAGGGAAUUCCUCCGCCUUCGACGAUAUGUCCGACGAUGCUCGUGACAACAUGUCGCCGUGUGAGGCCCUCAAUAAUGAAAGACAUUCUGAAGAUGCACGCGGUCAUGUGGGCUCCAUGCCACUGACCCGUACCCCUACGCUUCCAUGCACGCCAGAUACCCUGGAAGGUCAACACUAUAGGUUCAACGCCUUCUCUGAUGAUCCGUUCUACGGCCUCUCCACGUCGCGAUUGGUCCCGAGACCAUGAUGACAUCAUGUGCUACGCGGGGUUCGUCUGUCUUCUGUGGCUCGGAUGGAGGGUCCUCCGUAAUAGCACCACUGCACAAUCGAUUAAGCGGGCGCUCCGUUGAUGACUUCCCCAACACACGCUGUCGUACAGCAUUAAGCCUUAGCGAGCACGUUUUUUGAUAUUUUUCUUCCAAGUAUGGAGUAUGCGGCCACCGUGUGUAUGUGCUAUUAUGCAUGAUUUACUACAAGUUUACUAGCUCAAUUUUCAUUCAUAACUGUCUGAUGACGUCUACACAACCUGGUGACGG